UUUAACAGCACUGACUGAAACGGUACACAGUGAAUAGCGCGUCACAAAACACCAAAUAGUCAAAUAGUUAGUUAAUAUAUAUAUAUGUAUGUAUAUAUAUUUGAAUAAUAAAUAAUAUAUAUUAUAUUCGAAACCAAAAUAUUGGCCAAGAAAACGCGUGUGAGUGUGUGUGUGUGAAAUAAUUUUGUUAGCAACGGCGGCGGCCAAGGCAGCAAAGUGAAAUAUACGAAUAGCUCUGAGGCAGACAAGCAGAAAGCAGGCGCCUAUACUAGAUACGCCUCGAGAGCUGAAAAUAUUUAUUAAAAAUAAAUAUAUAAAGAAAUAGUGCAGCCAAAAUGCCGUAAAUAAAUCUCCAUGCCUACUGAAGUAUGCCUUCGAGUGAGUCAGUGAAGCGACCGACAACAGAAAAGCAAAUCGAAAGAAAGUGAAAAAUGAAUAGUGCAGAAAGCUAUGUGUGAGCAGUGAAGCAGUGCACAUUGAAAAUCGUGAGAAAGUGCUAAAGAAUAUCCUUCAAAACAACGACGAAAAGUGUAAAAUAGUUAUUACCCGAAAAAGGUGGAGACCAACAAACACGUCAAGAAAACAUUUUAUGACAAGAAGGAAAGCAAUAAAAUAGGAAAUAAAUACGGUAUACGACACGCACACAUAUGCAUGUAAAUAUGUAUUAAUAUAACGGCAUAUAAGCCAUGUUUCAUUUUGUACCGUGUCCCGUGUGAGUGGUCAGUGUAUAUAUGUACAUAUGUAUAUAUGUAAGCAGCGUACAAACGACCAGCUGUCAAAGCGCAUUUUUCAACACAACUCAACGCAACGCAACUGAACUCAUUGAAAUUGUUUAUUUUUUUAUGUUAAACGCGGCUUUUUGUUGUCAAGUGUCCUUUAAACGUAAGGACAUAACAACAGCAACGACGUCAGUGCGACAGCGCGUGCUCGUUCGUUCAUUCGUGACUGCUGUAUGUGUUCGUGUGUGCGGCUUAUCGUCUGUAGUCACGCGUGCGUGUAGCGUAUACAUUGCUGCAGGCAAAUUAAGUCAACUAGCAAUACAACUGCAUAAAUAGUGUAACACCAACAACAAUAGCAACAAUAUUUAAUAUUUUUUUUAUAAUAAUAUGCAGCAGUAGGCAAAGGAGCCUGAAGUGGAGGUAAACAGUGUUGCCGCUGCAGGACAUUAAGCGCUUUGCUGGCGCAGCUCUAGUGUCCAACUAGCCUCGCUCGCACGGCACGAUACAGUGUGGCCUUAACAGCAGCUUCAGCAGCGCUGACUCAAACGCAAGCUUUGCGUGUGUGUAUGUUUGUCGGUGUUGGCUUCGAAAUUAGCUUGCAACGCUGGCAUUAUACAAGCGCGUGUCAACUGCCAAUACAACGUAACUGCUAACUGUAAAUUCAAGGCGGCAGCUGUUGAAAUUCGUGUAGGCAGGCAACAGUGCCGUACAACAACAAUUGCUGUUAAAUCGUACUUAAAAGGCGCACAAAAAACCGUAAUACACAUGUCUGCUGCGGCGUAUCCUUAAAGCCAAUUUAAAUUGCGUGACCUGACCGGGCUGUGCGGCCACUUCGAUGCCAUAACAUGGGCUAUUCCUCUGAGGCUGCCAAAACGAGGACACAACGCAGCAACAACGCCAACAAACAGGAAAGCAAUAAAACUAGCCCAAUUCGUGAUACCGAAAACAAUAACAGCAAAAACAACUGUUGUGACAACAACUCGUAUAAAAGUAACGACAGAAGACAUUCGCGUUUAUUGAGUUCAGAGGUGAUCUGUCAAAGCAACGCCGUUAGCGACGAGCAGGCGACAAGCACAAAAGGGACUAAGUGCCGACGACAGACAAACAACACAACGCGAGAUAUAGCAAUCAAAAAGACACAAAAGCGACACACGUCGGUAGGGGAAGACGAGGCAGAAGGAAGCGGCGUCGAAGCGGAAGAUACUGAAAAGCAAAUACAAAUUGAGCGCAACCACUGCGAGGGCGUUGAGGCGGAAGCGGUUGCGGUCGGGCCUGAAGAAACGCAGCGUACAGACGGCGCGUGUUGUAAAUCGAGUGCGACUUUUGUAGUUAAUUGCACAGUAGCGACAGACGCCAACAAUAAGAACAAAGAAAACAACAAGAACAACAACAGAGCUACAGUCGGCACUUGUGCAAACUUUCACCGCGCGAAGGACGGAAAUAAUAAUUGUUGCUACCGACAGCUAUCGCGCGAACAACUGCCACAGACGCGUGUCGCACUGCCGCCACAAGCGGAAGCCGCGCAACAGCAGCCAACACAAACGCAAGCGCCACACGAAAAUAAGUUGAGGCACAAUGCAAGCGCUAAUUUGUCGCCGCCAACGGAAACGGCCGCGCGGACGACUGCGUCUGCCAGCGUACGCUCUGGCGCCAAGGCUCUAGCAGCACGCGGCGGCGACAAGCAAUGUCUGCAAGAAUUGCUGCAGCAUGCAUGUAGCGCGCUAACCGAGCGCCUUGGCUGUCUGCGUGAUAAUUUGGGGUUUUACAUGACAAACGAUGAGUUGGAAGGACGCGCCGCGGUAGGGAGUAAAGCGCUAGGCGCCCGCAUGUGGACACAAGCGGAGCGGCAGGUAUGCCGCAAGCAGUGUAACCAAGCACAGAAGCCGCGAAAGCUUUUACAGAGUAAGUGUCAACCACUGCAAAUGGCAUAUAAGCGCGGACGCAAUGAGUCACAACUUGUCGAACAGCAACAACAAAAACCAAAGCAACGAACUGUUGAGCGACACCAAGCGAAGCAGCAGCAACAACAGCCGCAGCGGCCAGAACUGAAAGCCCCCUUAGCAGCGCAGCGGAAUGCGCUGACAUACUGCCACCACCAAAAACAAAAACAACAGCUGCAACAACACGAUCACAAACAGCAGCAAGCGCAGUUGCAGCAACAACGCGCGGCCAAUAGUAAAAACCAAAAUAAUCAACCACAGCAACAGCAACACCAUUCCCCACAACAAAGACAGCAACAACCGGAAUUGUUGCCGGCACAAAAGAAGUCACAACAACCACAACAACAACAACAAGAGCAACAGCAGCAACAACAGAAGCAGCGGCAUCGCUUGCGUCGCGGCAUACAGACGGUGGCCGCUGCCGCUUACGGCGCCUUCAGCUACAUCGGUCACAACUACUAUCAUCUGCUGGGCAACUCGAUUAGUUUCUAUGCCGCCUCCAGCGUUAUACUGGUUCUCUGCUAUUUGACGACAACAACAGCGGCGGCGCACUCGCCCGACAAGGCGCCAUUCGAUAAGCAUCCCAUUCAAAGCAUCGAUUGGUCAAAUUCUCAUCGUUUCCAUGGAUGUGGGCGACGUAAUUGCGCGCUUAAAUUCGACGAGUCCAGCUCGGAUAAGGAAAUUUUGGACUUGUUGCUGGAGAAGAAGCGUUACGAUAAACGUCUACUGCCGCCAGUUAACGAUGAGGAUUUUUGCUGUGGUUUAUCUUCACCGGAUAUGGCCAAAGUUAGCAACUCGAGGAGGCCACACAAUCGCGGUACUUUGACGGUGAAUGUGAAUGUGUUGCUGCUCAGCUUGGCCUCGCCCGAUGAGAGCAGUUUGAAAUACGAAGUCGAGUUUCUGCUGAAUCAACAGUGGAACGAUCCGCGUCUACAAUAUGGCAACAAAUCGCAUUAUGACUUUUUGAAUGCAUUGCAUCAUCACGACAGCAUCUGGACUCCGGACACCUACUUCAUUAUGCACGGCGACUUUAAGGACCCCAUUAUACCAAUGCAUUUCGCUUUAAGAAUCUACCGUAACGGGACCAUUACGUACGCAAUGAGACGCCACUUAAUCUUAUCCUGCCAAGGUAGCCUACACAUAUUCCCGUUCGAUGAUCCGAAGUGCUCCUUCUCCAUGGAAAGCAUUUCCUAUGAGGAGGCGCAAAUCAAGUAUGUUUGGAAAAAUGACGAGGACACGCUGCGUAAGAGUCCUUCACUAACCACAUUAAAUGCGUAUUUAAUAAAAAAUCAAACAACACCCUGCGACCAAAAUAGUUGGCGAGGUAAUUACAGUUGCCUAGAAGUCGAGUUGACUUUUACCAGGGAUCGUGCUUAUUAUUUCACCACUGUUUUUAUACCCGGCAUUAUAUUGGUGACAUCAUCAUUUAUCACAUUUUGGCUGGAAUGGAAUGCUGUGCCAGCCAGAGUUAUGAUCGGUGUAACAACAAUGUUGAAUUUCUUUACAACAUCCAACGGUUUCCGCAGCACACUGCCCGUCGUCUCCAAUCUCACCGCUAUGAAUGUUUGGGAUGGCGUUUGCAUGUGCUUCAUCUACGCCUCGCUACUGGAGUUCGUAUGCGUGAAUUAUAUGGGCCGCAAGCGGCCACAACAUAAUGCUGUCUAUCGACCUGGCGAGAAUCCUGUCACACAGCGUCUUCCAGCGGUUCUAAGCAGGAUUGGAGUAAUUCUUGCAAGUCCUUUGGGUAUAAUCGAACGAGAAUUUCAUGCUGCUUUGUCGUCUGAAAAGGCCACAAUGGGCGCGUCCAGCAGCACAACAACCGGUACCAGCAUACCCGUAACGCCCACACCGCUGCAUCCCUACCACACGGACCUAUCAACUGCGACCACACAAACACCGUUACAGCCAUCGCCACCACCCGUGCCGACACCCUCAUACGGCAUGAGUACGGUUGAUGCGCCGCGCAUACGUUGGGAGGAACAACAUGGCGGCAUAAUCGGUGUGGCAAUGCAAAAUUUACGUGCGCGCUCCAUACGUCGACGUACGCGCUCACCGGGUUCGAUCACAUCGGCGUCCAGCUCGUACGUGGAUACAGAGGCUGGGCGCAUCAAAACACCCACCACCAUGUCCACUGUCAUCGAGCCAGUCUACACGGAACCCAUGUUUGUCGCCGCUGAAAGCGCGCAUACGCCGCAACUUGAGACUACAGUAACGGUUGAAGUGGAGCCCACACUGCCAGCGCCGGCGCCUACACAGCAGCGUCGUUCCAUUUCUACAAACACACCGCCGCUGAUACUCAGCGGCACAGGCAAGCAGUCGGAAGAUGAAAAUGCCGCCAGCGUUAGCGAAGUAACGGCGACGAAUACGAUCGCAGCGUCACUGGAAAUGCCGGCGGAAGCUGAAAGGUUGUCGGCACAGCUGGAGGCACAAGGUGUGGCUGAUGAGAGCGGCCACUUGCCGGUGAAGCCACCGCGUCGCAAGCAAUCGCGUUCCAGUUCGCCAGUACCGUUCUACGAGCAGGUGGCGCAGCCGGAAGCCGCCAAUGGCCAUGGCAUGGGCACUCUGAAUGCCGAAACUGGUGAGAAGCGACGCGAUGUGCGCGCCCCCAACGAGAUCGUCGCCUGUACGACUUGUGGCGGCAGCAGCAGCCCGUGCACGCACUCGGCCAACAAUGGAUGCGCAACAGAGACUUGCUUCGUCCAAGUGCGCAAAAAGGAACCGCCACAUCCUAUACGUAUAGCAAAAACAAUCGAUGUCAUCGCUCGAAUUACAUUUCCAACCGCCUACGCAAUUUUUCUAAUAUUUUUCUUCGUACACUAUAAGGGAUUUUCAUAAAAAUUAGUGCAAUGGAAAUCAUUUAGACAACUUAAAGAUUAACUAAUAUACACACACUUACACAUACACACACACA